AUGCCCAAGAGAGCUCUCGUCUUCUUGCGCUACGGGCCCUACCGCUCCUUGAACCUGACAGUGGAACACCGCACCUUCCGCCUGCGGGGCCUGCUAACUAUAUUACAAAGAGCCGGAUACCCCGUCAUUCUACAGCAGAUAGAUGAUUGGAAUGCCCUAGAGCUCAUGGUGAACGGUGAAGUUGUUUUCCAGUGCAAAAUUAGCGACUUGGACUUCGGAGGUGAUGGCAAAUUAGAUCCACUGUGUGAAAAGGCCAGGCUAGCAGUGCUGUAUGCCUACUAA